AUGCUUGCGGAGGCUAGAUCCAGCAGAAAGAAUCUUCCAGAGCAGAGAGCUGACUUCAAGAACUUGGCGAAGCAGGCUUUUCGAGAUGCAACUACCUUCGCUUCAGCUUGCUCCGUUGGCCUAUCCCCGGAGGCCAUCAAGGCAGGGGUGGAAGAUUGGUUCCAUACCGAGGGCAAGCAGCUUUUGCUUGCAAACGGUGUGCUCCCAGAGGAGGUCGACGAUCCAGAGGAUGAUGCUGAGAUGGAGGUUUGGCUGCCGAUGAUGUCAUUGAUGAUGAAACGGACGAUCUCCAAGAAGCAGUUUGCGAAGCGAAUCGAAGCGACCGAGACAAACAUGCUAUUGAAGGAUGAGAUGGAGGUUGCUCAGGAAGAGUUCAUGGCAGCUGCUGAGGAUGUAGAGAUGGAUGACAUCGCCCCCGACCAUGGCAGCGAGAGUGAGCAGGAAGCAGCCAGCCCAGUCGCUAAGAGGGAAAAGAAGGGACCCAUCCCAAAGACUUUGAGUGACGUUCUACAUACAAGUGGACUGCUGGAUUUCCAGCCACCAGACGAUGACAAUGAAGCCCAGAUGCUUGCUCGAAUCCAUGCACUGGGCAAGCCCAUGCGGGCUUUCAGCUCCUACACCAGAUGUUCCGAAGGCAUACUCUCCAAAGCUUCAGUGCUAGGACACGGACCCAAGCCCCGUGAGCAAUGGCAGCUGGAGAAGGAGUUGGCAAGGGCUCGCGCGGAAUUCACCUGCUCUGCGCAGAGGCAGUCUCGCCACAGCUUGUGGGCAGAGUAUUCGGAAAGAGUCUUGAAAAUCGUUUCUCAAUUGGCAGAGGAAGGUGAUGCCAGUGCUGCUAAGGGAGCCAUUGAAGUGAAAGCCAUCACCCCAAGCACCUUCACCUUGGACAAUGGAGAGCGAGCGUGCCAGAUCCUGGUCAUUCGCCCCAUGAAGACUGGUGGUUUACGUUUUGGAGUUGUGAUGACUGCGUGGCGGGGUGGCAAAGACAAAAAGAAAUCAAAGAACUAUCUUUGGGCAGAGAGAUCCCUUCCGAAGUAUGCUGCUACAAAGCUGCAUUUGAAGAUCUUGAAGCCCAUGAAUGUUCAAGAUGAGAACAGGAGCGAGCUGCUGACAGCGAAUGCCGCCUCUGCCAUGGUCGCCAUAGAUCCUGCAGAUGAGGAUUCCGUGAUUAUGGAAAUCCCUGCCACAUGCUUCAAGUACGACUUCACACCUGAACAGCUGGAAGUCUGGCUUUCCAGAGCAUCGGUGAAGGCCAUCGCCAAGUCAGUGCCCUUUCACGCAAAGACCAAGAAGGCCAUGGAAGAGCCGAUGCAGAAAACCUUCUUCACGGAAAGCCAGGUGAAGCUGAGAAAGGACAUCAAGGUCACCUGGAACGAGCUGCUUGCACGAGCUCCUUCCUAUUUCAAACGUUAUCUCCGUGGGAGUGGCCAUUGGAAGGAGAUGUCCAAAGAGCAGCAGCAGUUGACGUAUGGGCGAUUGGUGCAAUUGGAACUACAGAGCGUUUCACCCACCUUGGGAGAUGAUCCCAAGCGAUUCUUGAGAUGGCUAAUCAAACUGUACAGGGAGAGUGAUGCGCCAUUGGUAGCAGAAGUUGCAGGGGGCGAGAAUUAG